UCGUCAAGGUUGCAGUUUAGUUGUUUACAGUUCCAGAGCUAUCUACUUAUCUUUUCAAAGUUAUUCAAUAUGUAUUCUGAUACGGAUCCCUCUGAUAAUCUUAGAGAGCUUUAUGCCUUGAGUUAUGGAUUAGGCGCAACCGACAGCUAGACCAAUCAAAGAGAUAUUUUUUUUUCAAUUCUGUAUCACAAAGGAGUACUUGUUCAAUGUCAAAACGUAGGACAGAACAUUAAUAUUUCUUGCUGUGAGCCAUUUCUACGUGGUCACGUGGACACUCUCGAAUGCCUGUCAUCACUUGGAUUCGUUAAGGAAAGGAUGUCGUAAACGCCAUCAUCAAUCAACUGAACACAUCUCUCCAAAUGUCUGGUUCUCAGGCUAUCAAAGUUCACCCCCCUUGAAUCUUUAACGUACAAACUGUCUAUUAACAAGUGACAUCCAUUUCAGAACAUUUACAUCUACGGACAUGCACUAUUUGUAGCAUUUAUGUUUGCAUUUUGGAAUGGCAAUAUAUGCAUUUCAUUAAAUAAAACACCAUCUCUGUCAUAUUGAGAACGGAUUACAGCAAGUAGGCCCUACUGGUAUAUGUCUGUCAACUGCAUUUGUUCGAUUGUUUUCUGUAACCGGAGUUGAUGUGAACGAUACCUCUGAAUAUGGAAUCUUCAGAAAAGAGUUUGCUUUCAAUAUUUUGCGAGGAGUUAAAGUGCGCUCUCUGUCAAGAUCAGCUUAAAAAUCCGCGAUUGCUCAUAUGUAUCCACAGUUUCUGUGAGGAUUGCCUAGAGACAUAUUACAAGAAAGAAAACUAUAGCGUUGGAAAGAUCGCAUGUCCGGUCUGUGACGAAGACACCGUUUUAUCCGAUGCAGGAAUAUCCGGACUGAGGCGUGAUUUUCGCGCCAUCGGUCUGAUGGAAAGAAUGGCGAAAGAUAAAGGAAAGAUGCAGCAGCAGAAGGCGAAGAAAGGACUACAGCUGUGUGAGGUUUGUGGUCAUGUGGAGCAAGCAGCAACUUCCUUCUACAACUGCCAAGAAUGCAAGUUAGUUUUGUGCAAUGAGUGUGGGACAGCACAUAAACACCCUGUCCAUUUAAGUACGCAUCGUGUAGAUGUCGCAAACAGCUUAGAUCUGCUAUAUGCUGAUGAUCAAGAUAACGGGAUCUUCUGUAAGAAACAUGACGGAAAGAAAUUAGAACUGUUCUGCAAGUUGUGUCUCAUACCGGUCUGUGAUCUUUGUUCUAUCAGAGACCAUCGUGCACAGGAGAACCAUGACUGUAUCAAGGUUGAAGAUUUUAUCCCUGUGAUGCGCAAAGAAUUACAGUCACGAUUGUCUAGACUGACUGAAGCAUACAAUACAUGUGAGAUCGCCAUUCCUUUGAUUAGGAUCGAAGAAAAAACGGCCGAGGCACAGAGAGAUGUCCUUGAUACUGCAAUACAUUUUGGUGUGGAAAAAUCGAUAAUGGAUAUGAAAACUUUGGAAAUGGAUCUGAAAGCUAGGAAUAAAGCUUUCUUGGACUUACGGAAUCAAACCUUUAGUCAGUGGACUGAGAUAAUCAAAGAAAGGGCUGGAAACAUAGAGAAAAUUCGACUGAAAGUAGAAAGAACACUUGAGGAGAAUAUGAAGUGCAAUUUAAUUGCUUCCAUGCACAAUGGCCUACUGGCAUCUAUAGAUGGUUUUCUCUCACAGGCUCCUGAGUAUUUUAUCUGCAGAACAAUGCAGAAAGUCAUGGGGGAAAAAACAGCUUCAUUUCAGAUUGACAAACCAAGGGCCUGCAUUCAAACCUAUGUUUACGAACCUUGAAGUAUGUGAUAGA